CAGAUCCCAGUCCCACGAACUAAGAGAGGAGAGGAGCAAGGCUACCCCGGACUACCGCAGCUCGGGGACAGCGCGCAGACCAGGCGGCCCGAGAUGCGCAGGCCACGCAGCCUGGCCGACGACUGUCCCUGGAGAGCCUCCAGGCGCCCGGGUGGGGCCGCGAUCGCGCCCCGCCAGUCACCCCGGCAUGUGGGCGCGGCGGGGCGGCGCGGGCGGGCCGGCUGCAGGAGCUGUUUGGCGUCCCGGUCAGAGUAUUUGCUCAGCCCGCCUGCGCCGCUUGGGACGCUUCUGCCUUUCCCUCCCUCCCUUCCACGACGGCUUCUGGCGGCCAAGUGGAUGUGGCGGGUGAUCGGGCCACCCUGCCCAGGGGCGCCCAGCACUGGUUCAGUGAACAGCAUUUUGGACCGGACAUUUGGUGCCAGGUCUCAGGAGCCAGUUUGCUGAAUUAUUGCCCCAGUCAGCCAGGAUUGUGAGCUGUUCGGGAAGUUUUGUGGACACGCCCAAGGGCCAGCACAGGUGAAGGGACACCUGGAGGCCAGUUUCAGGAACUUUUGCCACAGGUAUAAAAGACUCCAGAACUGCAAAGAUGCUGAAACAGAUACUGUCGGAGAUGUACAUAGAUCCUGAUCUACUGGCAGAGCUCAGCGAAGAACAGAAACAGAUCCUGUUCUUCAAGAUGAGAGAGGAACAGAUCCGACGAUGGAAAGAAAGAGAAGCGGCUAUGGAAAGAAAGGAGUCCCUGCCAGUGAAACCCAGACCAAAGAAAGAGAAUGGCAAAUCCGUUCAUUGGAAGCUGGGAGCCGAUAAGGAAGUCUGGGUGUGGGUGAUGGGCGAACACCAUCUAGAUAAACCCUAUGAUGUGCUCUGUGAUGAAAUUAUUGCUGAGAGGGCCCGGCUGAAAGCAGAACAGGAGGCAGAAGAGCUCAGAAAAACUCACUCUGAAGAAUUCACCAAUAGCUUGAAAACAAAAUCACAGUACCAUGAUCUGCAGCCUCCAGAUAACCAGCAGACUAAAGACAUCUGCAAGACAGUGACAGAGAAGGAGGAAUUGGAGCAAGGAUCUAGCCCAUCCCCAACCCUGGAGGACGAGAAAAUCCGAUCACCCUCCAGUUCUUCAAGAAAUAUUCAACAAAUGUUGGCAGAUUCAAUCAAUCGUAUGAAGGCAUAUGGAUUUCACCAGAAGAAAGAAUCCAUGAAGAAAAAACAAGAAGAAGAAAUAAAUCAAAUAGACGAAGAGAGAACGAAGCAGAUUUGUAAGAACUGGAAAGAAGACUCGGAAUGGCAGGCAUCUCUGCGAAAAUCCAAAGCAGCUGAUGAGAAGAGACGCUCCUUGGCUAAACAAGCACGAGAAGACUACAAGAGGUUAUCCCUCGGGGCCCAGAAAGGACGAGGCGGUGAGAGGCUGCAAAGCCCCCUGCGUGUUCCACAGAAACCCAAAAGACCUCCCCUUCCACCCAAGCCUCAGUUUCUAAACCCGGCGGCGUAUCCUCAAAAACCUCUUAGAAAUCAGGGAGUGGUGAGGACAGUGUCCAGCUCUGCCCAAGAGGACAUCAUCCGGUGGUUUAAGGAGGAGCAGCUACCACUUCGAGCAGGCUACCAGAAAACUUCAGACACCAUAGCCCCCUGGUUCCAUGGAAUUCUCACACUCAAGAAAGCAAAUGAACUUCUUCUGAGCACAGGCGUGCCCGGCAGUUUUCUCAUCCGAGUCAGUGAAAGGAUCAAAGGCUAUGCCCUGUCCCACCUGUCAGAGGACAGCUGUAAACAUUUCCUCAUCGAUGCCUCUGCAGACUCCUACAGCUUCCUGGGCGUGGACCAGCUGCAGCAUGCCACCCUGGCGGAUUUGGUGGAAUAUCACAAGGAGGAACCCAUCACUUCCCUGGGAAAGGAGCUCCUCCUCUAUCCCUGCGGUCAGCAGGACCAGCUGCCUGACUACCUGGAGCUGUUUGAGUGACAGCCUCCAUCAGGGUCAUCCUACAGCCUCCAGCUGGGCUUUCCCCUGGACAAACGCCACCGCAACAUUUAUGUGUGAAGCCAAAAGCACCCUGCAGCAGAGCCAGUACUGAUCAACUGAAAGCGUCCAUGGAAUCCUCACUGACACCUCUCUUCUGCACAAAUACUGGAAUUCGAUGUCAAGAGCAAAUGACCUCUGCUCAUAUUCAAAAGUAAAGGGAGAAGAGUCUCAGUUUCAGCAAGCAUCUGUCAUGAAGGGUAUGACCUUAGUGAUGUCCAUAAAGCAAACGAAGAAAUGGAAACCUUUUAGAAAACCAGUAUCUUUGUGAAGCAUCAUGUGACCCCUGUACUCCCUCUGUAUCAUCUCAGGAGGUUUCAGGGGCCUGUCAAGUUUCAUGCUGGCUUUGCAAUGCUGGCCAAAAAAACAAAAGCCUUUCCUGGCUGAGAUGAUGCUUAAAACACACCUCACUUACUGUACAUGUUGGAACCAGGAUACGAGAGACAUAGAAAAACAGAAGUCACGAAUGUAAAUGGAAUGAGAAGUUUUAAAACAUAGGAUGAGCGGCUUAACAUGCAUAAAAAUACAGAUGGACCUGCAGGAAAGUGAGCGCACGUCACUGAGUUUGUUUUCUUCUUCUGGAGAAUGGGGCCACGGCCUCUCCUGGCUCUAGAGUGCACCAAAAGGACAAAGCAAAGCAUCUGCGCACAUAUAUAUAUAUAUAUAUAUAUAUUUUUUUUUUUUAUCAGUAGUGCAUAGACCAGAACAGAAUAAGCAGGCUGUUUGGAUGCUACUUGUGGUUGAAUUGUGUUCCCCCAAAAUAGAUAGUGAAGUCUUAACCCCCCAUCCCCGUGAAUGUGAUCUGGUUUGGAAAUAGGGUCUUUGCAAAUAUAGUCAAGUUAAGAUGAGGUCACACUGGAUUAGGGUAGGCCCUAAAUCCAAUGACUUACAUCCUCAGGAGAAGAGAGAGGUUUGAUAAUAGAGACAAAUGCAGUGGGAAGACGACCAGGGGACAAGAGGCAAGUUGGAGUGAUGCAGCCAGAAGGGAAGGGACACCAAGAUCGCUGGCCACCAACAGAAGCCAGGAGAGACGCAUGGGACAGGUUCCCCCCAAGCCUUAGAAGGAAGCAUGGCCCUGACUUUGGAAUUCCAGACUCCAGAACCGGGAGAAUAAAUUUCUGUUGUUUUAAGCUGCUUAGUUCAUGCUGAUUUGUUACUAUAGCACCAGAAAGCUAAUACAGUCAUUUAUGUAAUUACAUAACCUGACACACAGGAUUGACCCGUUAAUUGCAGCCCAGUUCACCAUUUUCAUAAUGAAGUAGAAAUGGGAGGUAAGAAACAUUCCAGCCAGUUCUGUUUAGCCCUGGGACACGUAUUUGUCCUAUCAGGAAUCUUACACCCUGCUGCGUGCCCCACCCACCUUGGUCCACUCCCAGUCCGGGAAUGGACUCUGGACAGGGACUGAGGUGGCUCGGAGCCACUGGAGAUCAUUUUUCUGGGAGGAUGGAAAUUGGCUAGGACCUCUGGCCUAACUCUGUAGGUCAGCACUCUUUUACAUUGCCUUUUAAUAAAAGCAGAAUCAUACAA